GUAAUCCCGGGAGAGUAUGGAUUCAUUGCACAGCUGAAUGAGGGCAGACACCUUAAGAAGAGGCCAACUGAGUUUCGUGUUGAUAAGGUCCUGCAGCCCUUUGAUGGGAACAAAUUCAACUUCACUAAAGUUGGACAGGAAGAGGUGCUUUUCCAGUUUGAAGCAAGUGAUGAAGACAAUGAAACCCAGUUCUUCCCAAAUGCACCCAUCGAUGUUGAGAAUUCUCCAAGUGUCGUGGCCAUCAAUGUUAGUCCUAUUGAGUAUGGUCAUGUACUUUUGAUCCCUUGGAUUCUUGAAUGCCUGCCUCAGAGGAUCGACAGGGUGAGUUUCUUGCUUGCUCUUUACAUGGCAGCAGAAGCUGGAAACCCGUACUUCAGAUUGGGUUACAACAGCUUGGGUGCAUUUGCUACAAUCAACCACCUUCAUUUCCAGGAGAUAAUGCACGAUCCUCAGGUGGCAGCCGAUGGAUUCACCUACGAAGGAGAUGCUCUGCGUGGAUGGUCGGCAAAUGGCCGAGAAACUUCCCCGAUGACCAAUUUGAGACUGGAUCACUUGCAUCUCACUCCCAACCAUGCACUGAGACUUGCUAUUCAAGAUUGGCUUUGCAAAGUUUAACAUACCAUUCGUAUACAUUCAGUCUAUGUCAUAAUGUAUAGUUGUAGAGUCUUCUUGUAUUUGGAGAAAAAAAAACCCUUUUACCAUUGUAUUUGGAUAACUAUUGAAAUAUUCUGUCUAAAGAGGACUGGGAGAAACAACAGGCUAAAGAGGUAGAGCAUUGCAUUGGCUUCUGUAUGCCAGUUGUAUCAAAAUCUUGUAUUGGUAUCACGAACUUUUUUUUAUGUAUUUUAUUUUAUUUGUAUGUUAA